UUGGACUCCAAUCAACUUGAUGUCAGAAUCUACUCAAGAUAAAGAUCCCAAUGUAGAUUUAGAAUUUUGGUCUAAUGUACAGUUUAUUGACGUUUCACAUGGGUUGAGCUUUCCAGACAACGAUUUCGAAGUCUCACCAGGUGUAAAUACCGUAUGUGAGGAUCAAGACAUAAUUGCUCAACCUACAAUGAUUGUUCAGAGAGACCUGUCGUCCAUUUCCAAUUCGUCUCAACUUCAACCAACGGUGUAUCCUAUGUUCACUGAUCCUACAGCAAAUUCUAUCAUGAAUACACGCAUGCGGCCUAUUACUAUCGCUCCAGCUGUUACCACAACACCAAGUAGCUCAACUUUUUCUCCAACAUACUCAGCUUCUCAUACAAAUGUAAUUGCAACUAAAGAAGAAACAGCUAUGACACCAACACCAAUAUCACCAAUAUCACCGAGCUCUCUAAAAGUCACUGCUGAUACUACGAACUAUCUGUCUCAUAAUAAUUCAAUGGGAAAAACCAGUCAACUAACUGUUGGUGAUAUAACAAAAACAGAAGAUAUUGAUUCUAAGAAAUCACUUGAUCCCGAAGCUGUCGCUAAAUUAGCUGCUGAAGAAGAUAAACGAAGGCGUAACACUGCAGCAUCUGCUAGAUUUCGUGUAAAGAAAAAGAUGCGCGAGCAGGCGCUUGAGAGAACUGCUAAAGAAAUGAGUUCAAAAGCAGAGGCUUUUGAAAAUAGAGUUAAAGAACUUGAAAUGGAAGUUAAAUGGUUAAGAAGUUUGAUAGUGGAAAAAGAUGCUAGAUUGUUGGAUAUUGAUCGUCCCACGAAAAAGCAUAAAACCGAAAAUCAAACUUCAAUGGAGACUUCAGAG